AUGACUGAAAUAAAUGAUGAAAGCAGUUCUUCUUUGAUAACAGUGGAAGAAAAUGAAGCUGAGACUGUUCCUUAUGAUACUUUUGUUGAAAAUGAAGCUUUAAAUAUUGAUACUAGUUUUGAAGAUAAUCUAAUGUCAGAAGAGGGAGAUGCAGCAACGGAUGGGGGAUCAUCGUUACCUGAAGAACAAAAGAAAAAACAUAUAUUUUUAGUUAAUUGGGUAAUCAUUGAUCAACAACCAUUCACUCUUGUCGAGAAUCAAAGCUUCAAAAAAUUUAUGUUAGAA